ACUUUCUUAGUUAAUAACUAUAAUAUCAAAACUAACAAUUUAAUUGUAUAUAACUAUCAAUAAAUUUAUUAAAUAAAAAUUGAAAUUAUGUCGUGGCCUGAAAAUGUUGGUAUAUGCGCUAUAGAAGUCCUCUUCCCUUCACAAUAUGUUGACCAAACCGAGCUAGAACAGUUUGAUGGUGCAUCAGCUGGAAAAUAUACAAUUGGACUGGGUCAAGCGAAAAUGGGUUUUUGCUCGGAUCGAGAAGAUGUUAACUCACUCUGCCUAACGGUUGUAAGUCGUUUAAUGGAGCGACAUCACAUAAAGCCUACCGAAAUCGGUCGAUUAGAAGUGGGCACCGAAACAAUAGUUGAUAAAUCGAAAUCUGUGAAAUCAGUGCUAAUGCAAUUAUUUGCCGAUAGUGGCAAUACAGAUAUUGAAGGAAUUGAUACGACAAAUGCAUGCUAUGGUGGUACAGCUGCAUUAUUCAACUCAGUCAACUGGAUUGAAUCAUCUAGUUGGGAUGGUCGUUAUGCAUUGGCAGUUUGUGCAGAUAUUGCUGUUUAUGCAAAAGGAGCUGCACGUCCAACUGGUGGUGCUGGCGCCAUUGCAAUGCUUGUGGGACCAAACGCCCCCCUCGUUCUUGAACGUGGUUUAAGGGCAACACAUAUGGAGCACGCCUAUGAUUUUUAUAAACCAGAUCUCAGUUCCGAAUAUCCGACUGUUGAUGGUAAAUUAUCUAUACAAUGCUACCUCUCUGCACUUGACACGUGCUAUCAAUUAUAUCGUAAAAAACUCGAAAAAAGAAAUCCUAAAGCCGCCGAUUUGGGUUUAGAAAAUUUCGAUGCAAUACUCUUUCAUACGCCAUUCUGCAAAUUAGUGCAGAAAUCUGUAGCACGCUUGUGCUUUAAUGAUUAUUUACUAACAAACAAGGAAAAGCGUGCCAGCAAAUAUGUUGGUUUAGAACGUUUCGAUAACUCCACACUUGAGUCAACGUACUUCGAUCGUGAUGUGGAAAAAGCUUUUAUGACACAAUUUAAUAAUGUAUUUGAAUCGAAAACCAAAAAGUCCUUACUACUCGCCAAUCAAGUGGGAAAUAUGUAUACGCCGUCUGUGUACUCUGGUCUUGCUUCGCUUUUGGUCAAUGUCAAUUCUGCGGAGCUACUUGGAAAACGUAUUGGAGUAUUUUCAUACGGCUCGGGUUUAGCAGCCUCGAUGUACUCCAUUGCAGUUACACAGGACGCAAAAGAUUUCGAAAAAUUUGUACAAAAAUUGAACUAUGUUUUACCAGCACUGAACUCAAGGGAGAAAGUAGCACCAGAAACUUUUUCAGAAUUAAUGGAAGUAAGGGAGAAGAACAACCAUGCUGCACCGUACACGCCAACCGGCAGCAUAAGUGCGCUAUUUCCAGGCACAUACUACCUCAAAAAUGUUGAUGAGUUGCAUCGACGUACCUAUGAACGCACGCCUACCAUUUCAAAUGGAGUUCACUAAAAAUAUGGAGCAAAGGAUAGCUGUAGUACUUCCUGCAAAAGGAAGGUAACUGUUUGGACGUUGUGUAAUUUAAACGGUGCUUUAAGUGGAAUUAGCUUUAAGAUAAUGCACUUCAUUAAACAGUUUGAAUUCAUAAAAUAGAAAUCGUGUGACAAUAAUUUAUUUAUAUUUUAAUGUACAAAACUUAAUUUUAACUAUUUGUAUGCAUGACAGAAUAUUAUACUAUAUAUAAUGCAAGUAUAUAAAUUACAAAUACUUUAGGUUGAAUAAUGCUAUAUGUUAAAAGGGAGGUACAUUAAUUUAAUAUUAAUUGUUUGUAUUAUGGACAUUAAUGCACCUUCAUUGGUUCAGGGUUUUAUUGUUUAGUUAUUAUGUAUAGGCUUUUACUGCUUGUUAAA